UCCUCUUUGCUUCAUCCAUCUGAGAGAACCUGACCCCUCAACAACCUAAAUCAAUUAUAUUGAGGUAGGAUCUACAAAAAAGAGCCAUCAUCGGGUCAGAGAGUAUAUCACCGCAAGGUUUGGAAACAAAGACCUGGAGAGUUACGCCAUCUUCUCACUGGACGAUGCCCCAGGUGACUCUGUGACUGUUUCCAUGUUUAUUCGCACCAGGCAGACCAGUGGCAUGCUCCUUAUCAUAUCAAAUACUACCAGCCAGUAUCUCCGCCUGUGGCUGGAAGACAGCAAGGUUCAAGUUCAAGUCAACAACUUCGAGACCCUUACUGGCCGAGGGUCGGUCAGCGACGGCCACUUUCAUCUUGUGACUGUGAAGCUGGAAAGAAUGGAGGCCAUCUUAUUCCAGUCAGCCAAGCUCCAGGGCUCCAUACCCAUAAGGCCCGUCCAUGCUCACCCUGGGGAUCUGGUCUUCAUUGGAGGGCUGCCACACUCCAGGGCCUCUGCCUCGUUUGGUGGUUACUUCAAGGGAUGUGUCCAGGAUCUGAGAAUAAACAGUAAACGACUGCAGUUUUAUCCCAUUGCAACUCAAGUGGAAUCUUACGGCCUGGAGCAUCACAUCAAUGUUGCCCAAGGGUGCAGCAGUGACAACGCCUGUGCUACCAACCCUUGUCUCAAUGGAGGAGUGUGUUACUCCAUGUGGGACGAUUUCAUCUGUAACUGCCCCCCCAACACUGCAGGGCGACGCUGCGAGGAGGUGAAAUGGUGUGAGCUGUCUCCCUGUCCAGCAGCUGCUGUUUGUCAACCUCGAUCCCAGGGUUUUGAGUGUUUGUCGAAUGUGACAUUCCGGGCAGAAAGCAGCAUUUUGCACUACAGAAGCAAUGGGAGGAUCAAGAAUAGUCUCAGCAGCGUCUCUCUCAGCUUUCGCACGAGACAGAACACUGCCACCAUAUUGCAUGCACAAAAAGACUCGGACUACUUCACCAUAUCUGUCCAAGACUCUAAUGUGGUCAUGGAGCUCCAGGUUGAUAAGUCCACUAAGACCACUGUUCAAAGUCAAGGCCCAAUCAAUGAUGGAGAGUGGCACAGUGUGGAGCUCAGCGUGGAGAACCUGAUAUUUCCAAACUCCAGGUGGAUCAUGGUUGUAGAUAGAGACAAGGAAGAGCUCAGCAUGUCUGGAACACUUGCAGGGAACCUGGAUUUUCUAAAACAGGGAGCGGACAUCUUCUUGGGAGGGCUGAGCUUGGACGCUGGAGUGAGCAUGUCUGGCUGUCUGGGUACAGUUGAGAUUGGAGGGCUGCCUCUCCCUUUCCACCUUGAUACAGAGCUGAACCUCCCCCGACCUCAGGAGGAGCAGUUUACAAGGGUUAACACUAACGCCGCCCCACAUUAUGGCUGCUGGGGAUCCAGUGUGUGUUCCCCAAACCCAUGUAAGAACGAGGGCGUGUGUGAAGACAUAUUCGACCUCCAUCGCUGCAAGUGCACCUCAGAGUGGACAGGUUCACUGUGCCAAGACCCAACAGAUACCUGCAUUUCUAACCCAUGUAUCUAUGGCAACUGCACCAACCUACAAAGGGGAUUUAAGUGUGUGUGCGAGCAUGGGUACAGCGGUGAACUGUGUGAAACGGAAGUUGAUAUGUGUGGAUACAGCAAUUGUGGUGAAGGAGCCACAUGCAUCAAAGGACUCACAACCUAUGCAUGCCUCUGCCCACAGAAUAUGACUGGCCAAUACUGCGACAAGAAGAUCCCGGAAGCUCCAUGGUACAUCGAGAUAAGCCCACUUCCUCAGCUUCCUACAUCGACAUGUGCGGGAACAAGAUGGACCUACAGCUGCUAUAAUGGAGGGAACUGCUCAGACACAAACGACACCUGUUACUGCCUACCUGGUUUCACUGGACUGUGGUGUGAGCGGGAUGUGGACGAGUGUGCAUCGGACCCAUGUAUGAACGGAGGCUUCUGUGUGAACUACGUAAACAGUUUUGAGUGUGUGUGUGACUUGAAUUACUCAGGGAUCCACUGUCAAAUAGACGCCAGUGACUUCUAUUUGUACCUCUUCUUGGGUCUAUGGCAGAACCUCUUCCAGUUGGUGUCCUACCUUGUUAUGCGCCUCGAUGAUGAGCCGGAAAUUGAGUGGGUGUUCCAUGACAACGACUAAAUGACUCAAACUGUAUUAAACUUGGCCUUCAAGGUCAUUCACAACUACUUCUGAACAGACUUUACAAACAUGGGACCAAAAUGGAAGCAUGAACCAUAGAGCAACAAAAUCUGCUCUACUAUUUCAGGGUUUGAUUGCUAUUUGAUAGAUUUUUUUAACUGUUGUCAUUGACAUUAAGAGAAAAUACAUCAAAGGUACAGUGUGUAAAAAUGUGAAUAUCUAGCAUUGAAUUUCUAGUUUUGAAACACUCCCAUGCUCACCCUUCUGUUAUUGAAGCUCCACAAGCAAUGGUGGCCUAUGAGGACAAGAAGCUGCUGGGAUAAAUGUGAUCCUCCAUUUGUCAAAUUUUUAAUUCAGAACUAAUUCUUCAGAACAAAACAACCACUCUCUUCUUCUUUGUCUUUCAACCAGUGCAUUUUGCGCAACCACUCACUAAAUACAAAAUGUGUAUGGUCCUCACUAGUUUGUCCGUUUUACACUACUGUAGAAACAUGGUUGUGUAAGAUGGCGGCCUUGGACCCGCUCCUUGUGUAAAUAAAAAAGACUAAUUUUAAGUCAACAAAAAUAAAACUAUUUUUAUAUUCCACCGAUCAUACACUUAUCCAAACAAACUUAGAGGUCUGUUCUGCUAAAUACCACGCAAUACUACAGACUGUACCUUUAAUUUAUAAAUGGUCUCAAUAGCGGAGGCCUCUGGUGAUUUAGGUGGAACUAACAGGUAUGUAUCUACUUGAGAUUUAAUUGGAUCCUUAUUGCAAUAACAGAGUGGGAUCUAGUUUCUUUUAGAGCGCAAAGACUAUGUUCAAAAACUCAGAUGCCAGACAAUGAAGUUAAACCCGAUGAAAUUUUUUACAAUUAUUUCACUAGAUCAAAAGAAACAGUGAAUAGCUGCAAUAAAUAAAGACGUAAAAUUGUAUUUUAUUGUAUUCAGUGUACUGACAAGUUCAGAAAUCUGUCUGUUGUGAACAAAUUUGUGACAGUGAAAACUAUAUAUUGCACCAUAACAUUAUAUGAAAUGCAUUCUAUCUGGUUCUCAUACUGAAAACCACACAGUAGAGAAUUAUUGUGCCUUAAGUUUACACGUUUUGUCCAAAGCACUGCAUUCUUAUCAGUGAAUAUUUCGUAACUGUUCAGGGAUUCAGUCAUAUACAGUUACAAUAUCUUGGAUAUUAAUAAAAACAUGUUUUUAGGAAGUUGUAUAAUUACAAAUAUGUUUGUACCAAUGUAUAAAAUAGAUGAAGGCUACUCUGCAUGCAGCACAUAUGGAACCUGAA